CGUGGCUGGAGCGGAGCGGCCGUGCCCCCGUCCAUUGUCUCGUUGGAGGCACGCAGGGCGGACCGGUCGCCAGGCCCCGUGCGGUUCUGACAGCCGGUCGGGCUCGGGGAAGGGACCGGCCCAAGGUCGCUCACCUGGUCGGGGCCACGGCCCAACAGCCCGACGUCUAGGCCAGACCUUCGGGAUUGCAUCCCGGUGAAGGUACCCAGUGUUGUACUUUUACCUAAGAGAAAGGUGCUGAAUGCUGCUUACGAGAGGGAGUGUAGGCUCCAGAGAGGGACAAGCAAACAGAGGACGAAAGCCCUUCGACGCCUUCUUUGUCACCCCAGCCAGCAGCUGAGAAGAACUCAUACCUAUACUCCACGGAGAUCACACUGUGGACCGUGGUGGCCGCCAUCCAGGCCUUGGAGAAGAAGGUGGACUCCUGCCUGGCCCGCUUGCUGACCCUGGAGGGGCGGACGGGGACGGCCGAGAAGAAACUGGCGGACUGUGAGAAGACGGCCAUGGAGUUUGGGAACCAGCUGGAGGGCAAGUGGGUCGUGCUGGGGACCCUGCUGCAGGAGUACGGGCUGCUGCAGAGGCGGCUGGAGAACAUGGAGAACCUGCUGAAAAAUCGAAAUUUCUGGAUCCUGCGGCUUCCGCCAGGCAGCAAAGGGGAGGUCCCUAAGGUGCCCGUGACCUUUGAUGAUGUGGCCGUGUAUUUCUCUGAGCCGGAGUGGGGCAAGCUGGAUAACUGGCAGAAGGAGCUCUACAAGCACGUGAUGCGGGGCAACUAUGAGAUGCUGGUGUCCCUGGAUUAUGCCAUCUCCAAACCAGACAUCCUGACCCAGAUGGAGAGGGGAGAGGAGCCUUGCCCUGAAGGCCCAUGGGGCCAGGAGGAGGGAAAUAAGAGGGAGGCAGCAUGCCCAAGGAGGCCAAGCCUUGGCCUCCCUCCACACCCAGAGCACAUCCUCAGCCCCAUCAUCCCUACCCAGGAGGAGCCAAAAGAAGGGCAGGCCUCCAAGCAUCAGCAAGAUUCAGAAACAAGGGUAACCCUACCUGGAGCGAGCACUGGGCCUCCAGCCUCAGUUAAACAGGAGGAAGAAUCUUCAGGUGAGGAGUCUCCAACCUCCUCUCUCAGGAACAACCUGCCCAGCUUGGGGCCAGGUGGUGGUGGUGUGGUCAUCAAGACAGAAGCACAAUCUGAGGACCAGAUGAUGUCUGAGCAGCUCUUCCUGGAGGAGUCCCGGAACCAGACCAUGUGCAGAAUGUCCAAGGGGCCGAGGAGUGGGACUGGGGGCCCCAGCCAGCUUCAUGCUGCAGGAAUGCCAUGCGUGCGGGCAGGGGACCCACGGCCACCAGGUUCCGUUGGAGAGCCACCCCGUGUUCUCCCUCGACGACGAGAGCGGACCUUCCCCUGCCCCGACUGCGGGCAGAGUUUCCGCUUGAAGAUUAACCUGACCAUUCACCAGCGGACCCAUGUGGAGGAGGAGCACAGGGAGACUUCGGGGAGCCCACCUGGCUGGGGGGAGGCCCACUCCACCCUGGAGCCCGGGGAGGUGGUGGUGCCUGGCCCUGUCAUCCGCUGGCUCCCUGAGGAGCCUGGAGGCCACCGCUCCCUGGCAGGCCGCUCCUUCAUGGGGCGGAGGCCAGCGGCCACCAAGGUGUACCACUGCAGUGAGUGCCUGCGCUUCUUCCAGCAGCGGAAGAGCCUGCUGCUGCACCAGCGCCUGCACACAGGCAACAGCCAGGGCUGGCCAGCUUGUCCCUACUGCGGCAAGGCCUUCCGCCGGCCCUCUGACCUCUUCCGUCACCAGCGCAUCCACACUGGCGAGCGGCCCUACCAGUGCCCCCAGUGUGGCCGGGCCUUCAACCGGAACCACCACCUGGCUGUCCACAUGCAGACUCACACCCGUGGCCAGGCGGGCCCACACUUCCCAGCUCCCUCUGCCCUCCCUGGGAGUCCACCCCUGCCACGGCCCAGCCACACCGAGGAGGGCUGACUGGGCAAGAACCUGCACGGGUACCCUCCAGCUCUCCUGGGGCACCCCGGCAGGACCUCUGUCCACUUUCAGGCCUUUCCACUUGUGCCUGAUGCUGGUUCUUCGUUCUGGAAUAGCUUUGGAGAGAUCUUUUUUUUCAUUCAGAUGGGAAGCAGUGGCCUUUUUGGUGACAGUAUGUGUGUGACCAGAUGCCUCAAUUUCCUGUUUCCUAAGUUUGUCACUCUUUGCUGCCUUUUCUACAUUCCUGACUUAUAAAGGAUCCCUUAAGGCUUAGAGGAUGCCAAAUUUUGGUGAGAGUCUUUGGCAGGUAUCUGAGAUAAGCAAGAGGCCUGGAGUUAGUGGCCCUUCCAGGAGGGGGCAAUAGAGACAUUGAGGGCCCGCAAUUUGGACAUUGUACACAGGUCACAGCAGAAUGGACAGUUUGGAGAGUAGGCACUGGAAAUUCGAGUUUCCUACUGUGUUAUUCUGAAAUUUUUUUCUCUUUUUGGAGCUUUUCUAGUGCUUUUGUGUUAUAUGUGGUUGCAAAGGGGACCAGGAGCUCUGAGAGGCAGGAAGUACUCUGCUAACCUCUUUGUGUGUGGGGAUGGUAGAGGGGCUGUCCAGUACAGCCUAGGAGUUAGUGGAGGUACUUGGCUGCUGCCCUGGACACCAGGUUCUUCUCAGUUAUGCUUUCUUUGGCCUGGAGUGAUUCCCAAUAUCCCAACAUCCGUGGUUGAUUUUGGUUAUUAGUUGAGAGGGGGAAAUAGGCCCGGGGUGGAUGACCCUUUCCCCAGGGUCUCAGUAUUAUGGGUAUGCACACUUCCUGGACUGGACCCCAUAGAACACCUUGGGGGGUGAGGGAGAUGCAGACCCAGCCCAGGAAGCCCCUGCCGGAGAGGAAGAUCCUGAUGUGAGUGAGGCUGGCCAGCCAACCAGGACUCCUGGGCUCCCAGGCCUCAGGUUUCACGUUAAAGGAGAGGUCUGUGUCCAAGAACUCGGGGCUGGUAGCAGAGAUAGGCCAGGAGAUGUGAAUGAAGUUUUUUAACUUCCUCUGGCCUCAUGUUCCUCACCUGUCAAAGGGGGUAGUGACCCCAGUGCAUCCUACCUCACUUUAGGGUUUUCAGGGUCAUAAAUGAUUCAGAGGCAGUGGGACAAACAGCCAGGUUUUGUCCUCCUUUUCCAGUUCAGGGCCUCCUUUUUUAUUCCACAUUGAUCUCCAGCCCUUCCCACCCAUCAAUCCUUCAGGAAGGACCUUUAUUUUCUGGAGCACAUGGAAGACCCCUUGGGUGCAGAGCCAGGUGAGACUUUCCCAUUGGGCCACAUCCCCAAGGAGCCCUUUGUACUUCAGUGGAACAAAUUCUUACCAAAGCGAUGAGGUUCAAACCGUGGAAAUUCGGGCAGUAGCAUCAGGCCUCCUAGAGAAGCCUUUUUGGCAGUUAGCGUCUUGUGCCUCUUAGUCACACCACUUAGGGUGCUGCCUGCAGACCAACCCUUGGUUUGGGUGAUUUUAAACUGGAGGACUGGAUCCUCAGCUGUUUUGAUUGUUGUCUUACUUGCCUUGGUACUGUGUGAAGUGGCCAGCGUUCAGACCUGCUUCCAGGUGCUGGGUGCCUGGCUGUGCCACUUCCUGUUGCCCCCUCUGACCCUCACACCUCUCCCAAAGUCAGGGGCAGAGUUGGGGGCAAAUGGGCCCUUAUCUCUGGAGCAAAAGUUAAGUAUCCACGUUGGUGAGAGCCCAGCCAAGCUCUCCUGGGCUUGGGGAGAAGAGGUGCCACCCUCCCCAGCUGUGCAUUCUGCUUGUCUGCUCUGGCAUCCCCAGCCCUCACCAGGGGCCCCACAAGCAGGGCCCUGCUGUCAGCAAGUGUUCAGACAGGAUGUGGUGCAAAUGUAGCUGCUCUGUGCUUAUCCCUUUGCUGCAAGAGCUAGUUUCAGGUGUUUCCUGGGGUGGGGGUGGGGGGGCCUCAAGGCUCAAAGUUCGUAGACCUUUCUAAUGCUAAAUGCCCUGUGUAAAUACAGGUACUACAGCACAAACCAGGAGUGAUUGCAGGGCGGCACAGGCCCUCCCUCCGCUUUAUGGCAAAGCGCCAGGUCCAGUUAGGGCUUGUGAGUUUGCUUGGCACUCAAGUAAGUGGUCAAAGAACAUUUUUUUUUAAUUUAUUUAUUCAUGAGCGACACAGAGAAAGGCAGAGACACAGGCAGAGGGUGAAGUGGGAAAAGAACAUUCUUGACACUGAAAUGACUCGACGGAUGCAGCGUGGUGCAGGAGCAGAGCUGUGCUCCGGCACCCUGGAGGCUAGAACCUGGUUUGGCCUUGACUCGCUCCUAGCUCCGGGUCUUGGCUUCCUCAUUUGUAAACAAGAAAGGGUGGGGUCCUGGUGCUAGAGGCUCGGAAGAACUGUGACGGGGGCGGCCCUCAGCCUUCGUCGGUGCUCAAUAAAUAUGUUGGACUGAA